GCUCCACCAGUUCACAUGACGGGGUUUGUUCAGUCGCUGUGGCUGGGACCGACUUCUGACCUGCGUUUAUUGAGCAUGCAUUAGGAGUAUAUAUACGAAACAACUGUAUUUAAACAGCAGUGAAGAAGAAGAAGAAGCAGAAGAAGAAGAAGAAGAAGAAGAAGAAGCAGCAGCAGUGACGCCACAGUUUUACGGUCCGUCAAGUCAAGUGCAGCUCGCCGCGUAGACCCACCUGCGCCCGCAGCGGGAGACAGCCCCACUACCUCGGGCUUUUUAUUUGCUCCACUACUGGGGGCGAAAAAACAAGGAGGAAAAAAAAACCUGCCCUGAAAGGAUGACACUCUCUCGCGCUUUCGCCGCGCUCGUCAUCGCCUGGUUUGCAGACUUAGGUUGCAUUCAGGCGGUUACUCUUGAGGUGAACGAGGGGAACUCCACCUGCAUUAAGACGGAGCUCUCUGCAACGUUCUCCAUCACAUACAACACCUCCAGCAGCACAAGAACAGUGCAGGUCUCUCUGCCCAACUCCACCACGGUCGAUGCACGCAGCAGCUCGUGCGGCACGGCCGGCAGCACAUCAUGGCUGGUGGCGGUGUUUGGAUCUGGCCACGCGAUGGGGCUGAGCUUUUCAACCAACGGCAGCCUGUACAGUGUUGCUAACCUGACGCUGCAGUACAACCUCAGCGACACCUCUAUCUUCCCGGAGGCUAACCGCUCCGAUGUGGUCACUGUGGUGUCGCCGUCAGUUGGGAUCUGGGCGACCAUCAACACCACCUACCGCUGCGCGAGCCCCUCCACUUUUAGAGUUGAUGAAGCAGCCGUCACUUUCUCAGAUAUGAGGCUGGAGGCGUACAUGCCAGGAAAUGAGCUGAGUCCAACAGAAAGCAUCUGUGCGGCAGAUCAGGCCAGCACCACAGCUCCACCCACCACUGCUGGUACUACGACGACCGCAGCGCCAGCACCGACCCCGCCGGGAACACCUGAGCGGGGCACCUACACUGUGAACAACAGCAACGGCACCGAAUGUCUCCUGGCCCAAAUGGGACUGCAGCUCAACGUGUCCUAUUUCUCUCUAUCUCAGAAUAAGACCAUCCAAGAGUUAGUCAACCUGACUCCCAAUCUGACGCGUUCAUCCGGAUCAUGUGAAGCCAGCCGUGCUUCCUUGGUUCUGACACAGGAGGGAGGCACCACGCUCAACUUCACCUUCACUCUGAAUUCCACAAGCAACAAGUACCACCUGAGUGAGAUAACUCUGUUUGCUAACUGGUCAGAUGCAACUGCUCCCUUCUCAUUCACUAACACUAGUCUGGACUACCUGCAGAGUACGCUGGGCCGCUCCUACAUGUGCAACGCAGAGCAAACUCUGGUUGUCGUGCCAACCUUCUCUCUCAACACAUUCAAACUGCAGGUCCAACCCUUUGAAGUCACCACCAACCAGUUUGCUACAGCCGAGGAGUGUCAGAUGGACCAAGACCAGAUGCUCAUCCCCAUCAUUGUUGGAGCAGCUCUUGCCGGCCUGGUGCUGAUCGUCCUCAUAGCAUAUCUAAUAGGCAGGAAGAGGAGCCAUGCUGGAUACCAGACCAUCUGAAUGGAGCCUUCAUUUCCCUUAAACCUGACAGACUGAACAGGGGGAGAGACCCAGCGAGCGAGUAGUAGACUGUGGAGACGAGCAGCAUGAGUGAAUGGAAGCAGUUGUUACUCUGUGGCGAGUGCAUGUUUUUGCAUAUCCUAUGUGAUCUCUGGAUAAUUUUUAUUUUCCUUUCACUUUCUCUGUGAGAUGAUGAUGAUGAAAAGAAGCCAAAGACCUGCUAUCUUUAGAUGGUAUGCAUCUUGAUGAAGCCCAAGAGGACAGUCUUUACACCCUCAGUUUGAAUCUUCUGUAUGAAGUUAUCCCCCAGCUGUUGACUCUUCUCGGUUCUUGGAGGUUGAAUUUGCUUAAACUGCUGUUUUUAGCCAUGUAAUUAUUUAUUUUGAAAAUAUCUGUCAAUAUGCAAUCAAAGGGGCAGAAGGAGAGUCAAAUGAACCUUUUUGGACAAGGAUCUUUUUCUAAGUUCCUAUGGUUUGUGUGCGCAAGUAAUAACAUCUAAAGUUUGGUGGAGUUUUAAUCUUAUGACCACUAGCUAAAGAUUAUUCUACUCUUAGAAAAGGGAAAGCCCUUGAGUGUCUUUUCUUAUCCUAUUCCUCCACAGUAGAGACUGACCCAUGGCAGUUUCAUUCAGCUUAUUUAACACAGUCGGGUAAUUGUGAUUAUAAAAAGGUGGUGAGCUGCUUUAACUCAUGUGUAGUUUCCAGCUGUACACAGAGUGCGACUGCAUUACUAGAAUGUAUUUAACAUAACAUAAAUUAACAGGUGCAUGGAUUAUUUUUCCAUUCUUGCUUUCUCCAACUCUCUCUUUAAAGAAAUGUUAAUAUGAAUUGUAGUGAUUUGAUCUUUUAUUUUUAUAGAAAAUGGUUUGAACUCGUCUUCUAUUAUGCAUCUUACUGAAAGUUAAUUCAAAUCUUAAAAGUCCAGCACUGACUUUUUCUUUUCCUUUGGGGUGGUAUUUCAUGCUACAUUACCUUUAUGAUUAAACUUGUUUUGUGUGAAAUAAACAUGUCUGUUUACUCUGA